AUGGCUGACGGCAAACCCAAGAGAUCAUUGUUCAAGCGCCCAGCCUGGGCCGCGACUACCGCCGCGCCGCCUCCAGCUUCAGCAUCUCCGGACUCGACAACAAAACCGGACCCGCCCACCGACAUUUUUAGCCACUCGCACACUUUCAGCGAGCUCGUCGAGGAUCGCCAGCGCCAACGCCAACGUAAGAAGAGCGACAAGGAUAUCCUACGACGGAGUCAGACUAGCGAAUCGAAAGAUGAAGAAUUGCGGGCGGGCAAGCGCCGGCGCAUAAGCAACGACAAUGUCAGCGAGCCGUCUACAAAGCCCAAAGCAAAGGACACGGAAAGAAAGACUUCGAUACAAGCAUCUGCUGGUUCGGAAAGCUUUGCGAUCGCUCCUACACCACAAAAAUCACGGCCGCGGAAAGAGACAGUCAUAGAGCUGCUAGACGACUCGGACGACGAUGAUGUCUCCGUUAGCUUCAACAAUGGCACACACGACAUCACUCCCUCGAACGCUACGAGUCUUGAACCCACACCCGCCGCAGAAGCAGAUCAGGAUGCCGACUUGGAGGCAUACUACUCCGAUCCAGAAAUGCGCGAGUUUGCCCGUCAAGCCCGCGAAAAGCGAAGACGAGAGGAGCGAGAACGAACAGAGAACGGCGUACAUGAUCCCACAGUCAAACUACUCAUCACCUCACCAUUACUCGGCACUGGCCCCCUGAUUGUAUCGCGAAAGCUAUCACAAAACUUGCAAGCUGUACGAGAAGCGUGGCUCAGCAAGCAACUGUUGGACCCAUCAGUAGCCAGUCGUGUCUUCUUUACCUACAAACUGCGCAAGGUGUAUGAUGUGACUACUGUUCGCAGUCUGGGAAUCAAAGUGGAUUCUUAUGGCCGUAUUAUGACCAACGGACCUUUCGCUAACACCGACGACGAACAUGCCGAGAAGAUACACAUUGAAGCCGUGACGGACGAAGCAUGGCAAGAACUCAAGGCUAAGAAGGCUGCCAAAGAUGCGCCGAAGCCGAACAGGUACCUCAGCGACAUGGCCGCCGCCAACAGUAGACGCGCUAGUGCCGAAGGCACACCUGCAGUGGAUGGAAAAGCUGCAGCGGAAGAACCUCUGAUCAAAGUCACGCUGAAAGCAAAGGGUCACUCAGACAUCAAGAUCAAAGUGCGACCGAGUACGACUUUUGUCAAGAUGAUCAAUGCAGCGCGACGAAGUUUCAAACUCGAUGCUGAGCGGGUUGUUCACCUCGAGUUCGACGGUGAGAGGCUGGAGCCGCCAGAGGGUCUGGUCAAGGAUACAGAUAUCUCGGACAUGGAUUGUAUCGAUGUUCACAUCAAGUGA